GUCACACUAACGGGACCAAAACCGAAAUUUAGUAAAUAAUAUAGUGUAUAGGAAUAGUUAACCAGGUGACAAUGCUGCAGCAAAUAAAGAUGCUGGUGCUGGGCAUCAUAACGCUGUGCCGGCGUGCCUUGUGCUGCUUCUCCAGGCGCCGGAAACUAAGCCACAGCGGAUCCUCUUCCGGAUCCGGUGACCUGCAGGCGGUGAAUGUGAUUGUGGAACGGGGAGAAUUCUCUGCCACCCCCGGCGCAAAUCCAACGGGUGGCAGGGCAACAGCGGGACCAAAGGAACGGGAUUGGAACUCCUGGGACGAUAGUCCACGUACUGUGGAGGAGCACAUCGAACAAUAUCGCCAGCGAAUGGCUCAGCCACCCACACCACCCAAGGAGGAACCAGAACCGGACUUCUUCAGUGAACUGACACCUACCAUCAAACCGCAGCUGAAGUUUUAUUUAGAGGAUCCAACCACGAAUGCGGCGUCCAGCCAACCAAGUGACUUUUCAAGACUGCAGGCCCAGGACCUGGUGCCCAUUAGCAAUAAUGCUGAUCUCGAGGACUGGGUAGAUGAUAAUGCUGGUGGCUGGGAGGAGCUGGACACCUCCCAGACCAAACAGAUCCUCAGGGAAAAGCGUCGUGAGUUGCGCCAUCAGCGACAACCGGCCGCCCGACCAGCUCCGCCCACUGUUGGCGCUCAGCGGCUGACUGAGGGACAACGUGCCGCGUAGUUGUUGCUGCAAUAUGCCCCCUAGCCACCUUCAUCCACUACUCUGACCAUUCCACAACCGAUCACCACCAGCACUUCCAUUCUGUUUAGCUUAUCUUUUGUUCGAUUUAGUUGAUUGGCCACACGAAAUAAAUCUUGCCUUUCACUCA